CUCCCAAAAUGCUAUACGAGCUCGUCGCAGUGGUCUAUCAUUCCCAAUUCCUCUUCUCUCGCCCUCCCGUCACCUACUAAUAGAUAGCCAACAUUCACAGGUCCGGCCAACCUCCCUCAAUGAAAUCAAAGAAAUCGCUAAAUCCGCUGGCAUGACUGUAUUACAAAACGGCGGAGUCGUCCGCGGAUACACCUACUGGGAGAAACUCAUGCUGCCAACCCGUCGACGCGCGCAUUUGGUGUAUCACACCCAUGGCCAUUACUUCAUCAUGAGAUUCGAUUCCAACUCGCCGACCCAGCAUUUGAUUCAGCGUACAUUGCGAUUGGACCCUCGGAUGAUUAGUUUUAGCGUCGUCAAGAUGGGGACAAAGUUGAAGGAUGUUGCCGAAGUUAAAGGGAAGACUUGGGAUUUGGACCUGGGCACCUGAGGUAGCGGUAACGUUAAUACGAGCGGCAAUGCGUGUAUUAUAUAUAUAAGCUUUGGGAAAUUCGAUCCUAGAAAGAUGGACUUUUUUUUUGCUAUGGCGUCCGGGGUGUAAGAAUUAAGGGAGGGAGCUGGGUUGAUGAGGUAAUUGCUCUCUUCAAGUAUCACAUACCGGUGGCGGGAGGACUGGGUACAAUCAAGAUCGAAUGCCACUAAAGGCCUUAGUGAUGUCAAUGGGUCUAUAAAGAAGCUGAAAUUUUGUUCUAAGGAAAAUUAUCAUUCCAGCAGUCCCGCGCCAACCCCAAGCCAUGGGAAAGGAGAAAAACACAUUAUGA